AUGCGCAAUCAAGAAACAUUUUUUAUGCAAACACCAAUUUUAUCAGGACAACAAGUGAUACAAACAGUAAAUGGUUUUAAUCACAACAUAAUCCAGACUAAACAGGAGCCAUUGUUACUUACAAACACUGGAAAGACAGGGGCUGUGACAAAUGGUCCUACUUGCCAACUACUGUCAGUUUUACCGCAGACAUCCACAGAUCCAAGUGUAUCCAAUUCUCAAUCGAUCAAUCAAGCCAACAUCUCUCAGCCAAAUGGCACCAGCUGUAGUUUUGCUUUCCGAGUGAAUCAGAAUUCACUCUCUGUGUCAUCUCAGGCUUCAGCUGCAACAGUUUCAACCAAUUUUGGAUCUAUCAAUGAGGCAAACCAUUCUCAGAAUAAGGGUACAACCUGCAGUCCUGCUUUUCAAGUUCAGAUGAAUUCAGUGUCAGUAUUAUCUCAAACUCCUACUGCAUCAACUUUAACCAAUUCUGUCAAUCAGACAAACAUUUCUCAGAAUGAGGUCAUACCCAGCAGUAAUCCUGCUUUCCAAAUUUAUCAGAAUUCACUGUCAGUAUUAUCUCAAACUUCCACAGCAUCAACUUUAAUCAAUUCUGGAUCAGUCAAACAAGCAAAUAUUUCUCAGUCAGCACAGAGCACAAGUUGUACUCCUGCUUGCCAAGUUCAGGUGAAUUCAGUUUUAUCCCAGACUUCCACGGUAUCAGUACCAUAUAACUGUGACUCCAACAAUGAAAGAGCAUCUGACAAGACAUUAUGUGACAAUAAGCCAAAUAGUGAAAUGCUGCAACCCAGAUCUCCAUGUGAGAAAACUGCAGACAACAUACAGCAGCCAAAGAAAUUCAAGCCAAGUAUGCCAGGUCAGAAGUGCCGUCCAUUCAGAAGUUUUAAACUAGUGUUAGAUAAUGAUACAGAGCCUGUUGUUUCCUCUUCCUUGUGCAAAGCAAGAACUUUAGAAGAGAGUGAAAAUGAGGACAGUUCACCUGGUGGAAGCACUCAAGAAAAGGAAAAUGAGGCUCAAAGAGCAGAUAGUAAAGACUUCAAUGAACUAUCUAGAGAAUCUUCAACUUGUGAAAAUGAUACCAAUGAUUCAGAGGAUUUGGAAUGUGCAGGAGAUAACAGCUCAAAUGACUGUGAUAAAGAAGAGUUGCGAGAUGAGGAAAAGAUUAGGGUUAAGUUCAAGGAGAAGGAUUUAAUGCAGAAUACACAGAAAGGCAAGAAAAGUAAAUGCAAUCUGUGUGGAAACUAUGUAGUAAAGUUGGAUUUACAUUUUGAAAGAUACCAUAGUACUCCGUCCAAGUGUAAAUAUUGUGGAAAGAUGUUUGAGGAUAUGUGGGAAACAAAAAAGCAUAUGCAAAAGGAUCAUUUGGAACAAUUGAAUAAAGAAUUCACUUGUAAUAUUUGCCACCAAACAUUUUCCGAAAAACAAGAUCUGAGAAACCAUAAGUUUUCAGCCCAUGGAAGUAAAAGAAAAUUCACUUGUGAGGAGUGUGGAAGAAACUUCAAUCAUUUAUCAACAUUGGAAAGUCAUCGCAAAGUUCACACUGGGGGUGAUAGAAGUUAUGUUUGUGAAAUAUGUGGUAAACGGUUCCCUCCCCGAAACACAUUGAGGCAUGCAAGAAUGCAUAGUCAGACAAGGGAAUGCAAGUGCCCCUACUGUGAUAAGUCGUUCAAUGAAAAGGAUCAACUUCAGAAACAUCUUCGCUUACAUACGGGUGAAAAACCAUACAAAUAUGUAGGCAUUGUCCAAAGGCCUUUAACCACAAUGUAUCGCUUAAAGCUCAUGUGA